GCGGGGUGAGGAGCGGAGCGGGCGGGCGGGCGCAGCAGGGCCCCCGGCUUGCCGGCGGCCCCAGCCUCUUUGCGGCCCCGGGCCAGCUCCGGGCGCAGCCGGCGGCAUGAGCGGGCCGGAGGAGGAGAAGCAGCUGGAGCGUCUCACCAGCCUGAAAGCGCGAGCUAUCGGUGAAUAUGAAGAUCUUAGAGCAGCAAACAACAAAAAGAAAGAGGAGUGUGACAAAAUUAAACAAGAGCGUGAUGAGGCAGUCAAAAAACUUGAAGAGUUUCAAAAAAUUUCUCACAUGGUUAUCGAGGAAGUAAAUUGUAUGCAGAACCACCUUGAAAUUGAAAAGACGUGCCGUGAAAGUGCUGAAGCUUUGGCUUCUAAGUUGAACAAAGAAAAUAAGACCCUGAAAAGAAUUAGCAUGUUGUAUAUGGCGAAACUGGGGCCAGAUAUCAUUACAGAAGAAAUUAACAUUGAUGACGAUGAUUCAUCCACAGAAACUGAAGGUAGCUCGGGUUCAUGCAACUCAGUGCAUUGUCAACAGCAAAUGAAAGAGCUGCAAGAUCAAAUUAUAUCUGUUCAGGAGCAAAAGAAGACCUUGGCCAUUGAACUGGAAAACCUGAGGCGCAAACUUGUAGAAGUAAUUGAAGAAGUAAAUAAAGUAAAGGAAGAAAAAGCUGUUCUGACAGCAGAAGUUCAUGAACAGAGGAAACUAUUGGAAAAAUGUAACCGAGUGUCUGUACUGGCUGUGGAAGAAUAUGAAGAACUCCAGGAAAACUUUGAGUUGGAAAAGAAUCUACGGAAGAAAGCGGAGUCAUUUGCACAAGAGAUGUAUAUUGAACAAAACAAGUUGAAAAGACAAAGUCAUCUGCUUCUGCAAAAUUCUGCUCCUGAUCAGCAGCUAUUGAAAGCUUUAGAUGAAAAUGCCAAGUUGACCCAAACACUGGAAGAAGAGAGACAUCAACACCAGCAAAAGGUUAAAGAAUUAGAAGAGAAGUUAGAAAAUGAAGCACUACAUAAGGAGAUCAGUUGUCUACAGCAGCAGCUGGGACUUCUGGAAGAAGAUAAAAAGGAGUUAGAACUAAAGUGGCAGAACUCUGAAGAAAAAGUUAAAAACCUGAAGCAUUCAGUUGAUGAACUCCAGAAACGAAUACACAGGUCAGAAAAUCCAGCACCGCCGCCUCCGCCCCCACCGCCACCUCCGCUUCCUCCUCCCCCUCCCAAUCCAAUUCGGUCCCUUAUGUCCAUGAUUCGUAAGAAGUCUCAUCCUAGCAGCAGCGUGAGCAAAAAAGAAAGAGCUCCUCAGCAAGAAUCAGGGGAAGAAGUAGGAGACCUGAAGAGACAAGCAGUUGAAGAAAUGAUGGAUAGAAUUAAAAAGGGAGUUCACCUAAGGCCAGUUAAUCAGUCAAGCAGACCUAAGACAAAGCCGGAAGCACCAAAAGCCUCUGAUAGUGCAGUGAAAGAACUAAAAGGAAUACUGGAAACACUCAACAAAUCCACCAGUUCAAGAAGCUUAAAAUCUCUUGAAACAGACACAGAGAACAAUGAAACUGAGUUAGAAAGAAUUUUACGGCGCAGGAAAGUGACAGCCGAGCAAGACAGCAGUAGUCCGGCUGGAGUCUUGGCCACAUCAGAAUCCAAAUCCAUGCCAGUGUUAGGUUCAGAAUCCGGUACUACACAAACAGCACUGAACAAGAAAACUCUGGAGGCAGAAUUCAGCUCCAAAACACCUGAGUUGGGCGAAGGGUCUCUUCAAAUGAAGGAAAGCGCAAGUUCUAAGGUUACAUUUCAGUCACCUAGUUACUUGGGAUUUGCAAGAAAAUCUGUUAGCCGUGAAAAUCAAACGGAAUCGAUUGUAGUUUUAGAUCCUGUUUCCACCAGUGAAGCACAAACCAAAGACCAGAUGCUUGAAAAAAUCAUAAAUCAACACAAGAUGAAAGAAGAAAAAAAUAAACAAUUAUGUAAAGAAACUACUGUUAAUAAAGCAAAAGAUUCAGACAGCUCUAACUGCUAAUUGUUAUGCCAAAAGGCUGAGAUUUUUGGAAGUCCUUCUCAGUAAGUGUAAAUUGCUUAGGUGAAUUGGCAAGGGCUAUAUUCUGCACUCAGAAGUAUAUUCAGUAAUAGUUUACUGAAAUGGCCUAUUGUAUGCAAUUUUGGUAUAUGCAUUAGCAGGUUACAUAACUAUAUACAACUCGAAAUCCCUUUUUGUUUUGGUCUCGUAUGUGUAUUUUCCUAGAUAAUAGGUUACUCACAAUAUUGUUUUUUAAUUUUAUCAAAAAAAUCCCACUUUUUUUGUGUGUGUGUUAGCUGGACACUUUGUAAAAGCCAAUAAGGGACUGAUCCAAAGCCCACUAAAGUCAGUGGAAAGGCCUCCCUCUGAUUUCAGUGGGCUUUGGAUCAGGCCC